AUGUAUUAUGAGCUUAUGGCGGUGGCCAGAAUCACCGACGGGAUCAACAAACAUAAGGAGGCGAUGAAAAUUGCUUCCACCGUGGGGAAGUUGAUUUUGAACAACAGAGGUGUCAUCAGAGACAUCACCAGUAUGGGUCCCAAGUUCUUACCCAAGAUCAUCAGUAAGAACCAAGAGAGACAUUUUGAAGGCUACCACUUUCUUAUGGGAUUUGACGUGAGCUCCACCGUGCAGCAGGAGUUGUUGAGGACCCUUAGAAAGGAUCCUAGGGUUUUGAGAGCCAGCAUCAUCAAGAGAAAUACCCAUAGAAACUUGAAUCCAGGUCCUACGUUUCUGUCGUGA